AGUGGGAGACAUGUGUAUAUGAGCAUGAAUGCGGAAAAAAAAUAAUAAUACGACAAGGCUUUACUAAGUGAAACUGAAAUAUGUGUAUUUAAAGUUCAAAAUAAUCCAUGGCUUUUGACGUGAACGACACAGCAUUGCUGAUAUCCAUGGACGAUAAAAAGGCAUUAUCUCAACACAAGACUUCUUCUAACUUUCCAGUAGUUCCUGUAGUGGUGUCCGUCAGUCUAUUGGUUGUAGCAUUAAUCCUGAUACUAAUCGUGUACUCCCUCCGUCGCCAUUACAAAAAACGUUACCAUGACUACACACCCAUCUCCAAGGAAGCCAUUAAACCAGAAAUACUUAAAACUGUACCACGUGAUACACCUACUACUUUGCCAAGUAAAGCAUCUUCAGAGCACUCGCUGGCAACACUGACUAGCGCAUACGAGGACGAGGACAAAGACAACAGUGAUUUUCAAUCGACAUCUACCUAUGAACAAACAGAAGUCGAAUCUAAAUACCCAGAGGGUCACAUAGGUAGGUUAUGGUUUACAGCUUACUAUGACUCCAACACUGAGUGUUUGACUGUGAUUUUACAAAAGAUCGAGAAUCUACCCAACCGGAGUGCUACUGUUAGGUCAUGUGAUCCAUGUGUCAGAAUAUCACUAUCACCUAGCAACAGGAACGUAGCACAAUCGAGGUACAAAAGAAAGAAUAAAAAUCCUGUUUUUAACGAGACUUUUGAGAUUAAUUUACCCGCUUUCGAUUUGGAUAAAACAACAUUGUGUCUGACGGUGGUUGAUGGGUAUAGAGCAAAUCAACAGGUGACAGUAGGACAAGUGCUUUAUCCACUCAAACACAUGCAUAACCACACUGAAGUACAGCAAGACCUUAUAAAAAACAAUGAGUCAACAUCGGUACUGGGUCAGCUUCACGUUUCGUUGUCAUACUACCCCACCCUACACCGUCUGACUGCCAUCAUACUGAGAGCUACCAACCUAAAGAAAUUGAAUUAUCGACAAACAGACUCUUUUGUCAAGGUGUCGUUUUCUAUUGGCAACAAAGUAAUGAAAACAAAGAAGACCGUAGUCCACACAGACACCCAAAGUCCAAUGUUUAACGAAUCAUUCGACUUCAUGGUGAACGAGGAUGAUCUGGGCACUAGUACACUAUUGAUAUCCGUCAUUCACAGCGGAGGUGGGCUGGUAGAAGACAAGCUGAUUGGCCGAGUGCUUCUUGGUGGACGUAUGUAUGCACGUGGCAGAGCGUGUGAUCACUGGGUGGAAAUGAUGAACAAUUCAAGGAAAAUGGUGAAAUGUUGGCAUGAACUUCAAAAGUAACACGGACAUCAAGAAAAGGCUUGGUUCAGGAUGUCACUGAUAGAGUAGAUGCUUUACGCCACUUCAUUUGAAUUAUCGUAUGCUGAUGGACUGGUUAGAGUAAGACACUCAAACAGUGUUUUUUGAAGACAAAAUAUUAGUAAAUGAACCGCGAGGUCGAUUGGAAUUUGAGUCCAUAAUUAAGGUCGUGUAUCUAGGRAACUAUGCAUCGAAUUUGAAAACCAUCAAGAACAAUCUCAAGACUUUUUUUACUUAAGUCAAUCACUUUCUUAAAACCAUAGACUCUGUAUCGUCUAAAGGGUCAUUUUUUUCAGUGUUUUAGAGAGAAGUCAAAAACCCGUAUAAAUUCACUAAUAAGCUCCAAAUGCAUCGUUUUCUUUUGUGUCUAUUUGACUAUCACACUUUAAUAGUCAAGUUUUGUUUCACGGGUUUAGUGACAUCAGUCUAGUGCGUUAAAAGUGUCCGUCACGGAAUGAAAACCAUUAAGAUGAUGAACGACAAAAUACUCCUCCCCGAUUCCCCUCCCCUAAAGUUCUUACGCAGACUAGAACGGUAUCAAAUAUAUACUAAAUGUUAUAAUGUUAACUAUUAUUCAUAGUAUAUUUUUGUUUACAUAUAUUAUUUUCAAAAGAUUUUUAAAAGAAUAUAAUAUUUUUGAAGCUUACAGUUAACUGCAAGACUUGUUAAGUGAUAAGUUCAAUAUUAUUGGAUAUCAUCAAUAUCGUAUAUCUUGACAAUAAACACCAUUCGAUAAACAG